AUGUUGACCGGAAACAACGAUAUGAAGCCGCCGAUUCCUAAACGACCCCGGCGGAUGGCUAUGUCGCCGGAAUCAGCACCUUUAGCCUCCGGCAGUAGCAGCUUCAUCCCAGAUGAUAUAAUCUUCUUUCAGAUACUCGUACUUCUUCCUGUGAAGUCCCUUGUGCGCUUCCAAACCGUCUGCAAGUCAUGGCGCACCACAUUAACCAGCAUCAGUUUCGUGCGCUGGCACCUGGAGCUUUCCAAGCGAACAAGGUCGACCAUGGUCCUCGUGCCACGCAAGUAUCAGGAGGACCGACGGAAGGCGUGUUCUAGAUUACUCAGUAUCUUCAGCUUCCAGCCAGGGGAAAGCAAGUGUGCGGAGCUUAUCUUCCGAAAGGAAUUUCAUCCCUAUGGGAUCCCUGUGUUCAGCAUUCCUCUCCAUUGUGAUGGCCUGAUAUUGAUCCCUUGCAUAAUGGGGAAAAUUUUCAUCUGCAACCUGGCCACUAGAGAGUUUGUUGAGUUGCCACCUGGAAGCCCAAGUGUUCUCUUUGAGCACAGGGUCGCCUUUGGCUUUGAUCCUUGGAGUGGUACCUACAAGGUGGCGAGGCACUUCAUCCGCUCGUACAGAGAUACUCUGCAAAUAGAUGGGGAAGGAGGCACCACUAGAGAAUACAGCAGUGGACAUGAGAUCUUAACAUUCGGUGGUGACAGCAAAGAAGAAGCUUGGGUAUGGAAGGCCACUGUGGAUCCACCAUACCCUAUCAAGGCCAGGACUCCAAUUUGUCUCCCAGGGGUCUUCUUUUGGAGUGCUCUCAAGUCCAUGGCACAUGGCAAGGUUAUCUCGAAUGUCAUCCUUCGAUUUAGUUUACUUGAUGAAACAUUUACGGUGCACCCUAACCCUCCAUGUAGUGAUCAUCUAGGCAAGAAUGAUGCACUAUCUGCACUAGGUGGAAAGUUAUGCUAUAUCCACUCUCCCACUCCGUGGGAGAUUGCCAUUUGGUUAGCGGAAGAUGGGCCAAAUCUGACUUGGUCACUAUGCCGCCGUGUCAGUCUGCCGAUACCAAGAAAUCUUCUUGCCUUUGCAUGUGCGUCAACUGACCCGGACAAGAUAUUCCUCUCCAUUGAUGCGCGCUACCUUCUCAGGUGUGACCUCCAUAAUGAAUCUCUUGAAGAAAUAAUCAACAUGCGUGACAUGUUGUAUGAUCUCCAGAAGGGCAGAAAAUUCACCAUUGGUUCACUCUUUGUUGCCCACUAUAUGGUGCCAUUUGUGGAAUCACUGUUGCGCAUCAGAUCUUCAUAG